GAGAGAAUCAGGGCUUUUUAAGGCUCGUAUCCAUUAGCUGCUUGCGCGUAACUCCCGCUCUCAGGAUCCUAUGAACAUUCCAUCCAAUUUGGUCCACAGUCCACUAGAGUUUGGAUCAAACUAGAAGUCUAAAACUCUAUUAAUCAAAUCAAAAGAUCACCAAUCCACCUAACUGAUCAAACCUUUUUCAAUGAUCAUAUCGUAAACGAUUAGUAUAUUGACUCUGCUUAUUUAUUUUUUUCAUCAAAGUUAUGUGGAUUCUCAAAAGCUCAAAAGGUAACUCAAUAAUUCACCUACUUCGCUUUCCAUUCAGCAAAGUGUGGAGCAGUGGUAUAUACCUGGCAAAAUCUCUCCAUAUAUACCCUUCAAACAUGCAACAUCUUUCUACUCUCAAACUCUUCAAUUAAAAAAUCUCCCUGUCUUCUAUCUUCCAAUUUCAUCUCCCUUUCUAGUAUUGGGACACGGUCUUUCGAUGGGGUCAAGCCCCAAGAGCCUCCAGGCUAUACUUGGUGCACCAGGAGUAAAGGGUAAGAGAGUUUCGAUCCUGUCAAAAGAUGGUUUAACAGAUUUCAUGCAAUCCAUCAUUUUCAAGAGGCAAGAAACCAAAGAACCCUUUUACGUGCUUGAUUUAGGAGUGGUCACUGCCCUCAUGGACAAAUGGACCCGUACACUACCCAUGGUUCGACCCUUCUACGCCGUCAAAUGCAACCCCGACCGGGCUCUCCUGGGCACACUAGCGGCUCUUGGCUGCAACUUUGAUUGUGCUAGUCGAGUUGAGAUUGAAUGCAUCUUAUCCCUCGGAGUUGCUCCAGAGCGGAUCGUUUACGCAAACCCUUGCAAAGCAGAGUCCCACCUCAAAUAUGCUGCUAGUGUUGGUGUCAAUCUAACAACUUUUGACUCGAAAGAGGAAUUGGAAAAGAUACGAAAAUGCCACCCGCAAUGUGCUUUGUUGAUCCGAGUUAAAGCUCCAGAUGAUGGCGGAGCUCGCUGCCCACUAGGACCCAAGUACGGCGCACUUCCUGAAGAAGUCACCCCUCUUCUCCAAGCUGCAAAAGUUGGGCGUCUCAAAGUGGUUGGAGUUUCUUUUCACAUAGGAAGCGGGGCCACUCAUUCUCGCGCAUACAGGGGAGCCAUAGCGGCGGCAAGAACUGCAUUUGAAGCUGCAGCUAGACUCGGCAUGCCGAGAAUGAAUGUGCUGAACAUUGGAGGCGGGUUCACGGCCGGUUCACAAUUUGACGAAGCGGCUACAGCAAUAAAAUCGGCUCUUCAAGCUUAUUUCCCAAACGAACAGGGCUUGACAAUUAUUUCGGAGCCAGGCCGGUUCUUUGCAGAAUCGGCUUUCACGUUAGCCACAAACAUAAUCGGGAAGCGUGUUAGGGGAGAACAAAGAGAAUAUUGGAUUAACGACGGUAUUUACGGUUCCAUGAACUGUAUCUUAUACGAUCAUGCAACUAUCACGUGCGCGCCUCUCGCGUGCACUUCAAAUCGUGUAAACCCCACGUGCAAAGGAUCGAGGACGUAUAGCUCGACGGUUUUUGGUCCCACGUGUGAUGCGCUUGACACGGUUUUAAAAGGUCACCCAUUACCGGAACUGCAGGUCAACGAUUGGCUGGUGUUCCCCUGCAUGGGAGCAUAUACGGCGGCUGCUGGGUCCAACUUCAACGGAUUUAACACCGGAGCAAUUCUUACGUACCUUGCUUUCUCGAAUCCAAGCUAGCAUAUUGUAUAUUAGUUGCCAAUUUGGAA